CUUUUCGUUGUUAUGGCAAUGUCACCAUGACUAACGGACUGCGGCGCUUCAGGAAAGAGAACAGUGUUGCUGCGUGAGAAUGAAUCUGAAUGAGAUUUGUGACAAUGCAAAAAAAGGCAGGGAAUAUGCCCUUCUUGGAAACUAUGACUCUGCAAUGGUUUACUAUCAAGGUGUGAUACAGCAGAUAUACAAGCACUGUCAAUCAAUUAGAGAUCCAGCGCUGAAGGUGAAAUGGCACCAGGUUCGACAAGAGUUAACAGAAGAGUAUGAGCAAGUAAAAGGCAUUGUGCACACUUUGGAAAGUUUCCGCAUUGAUAAACCUGUAGAAUUCUCUACACCACAUGUAGAGGAAGCCCUGAAAGACCCUGCUGUUUGGCCCCCACCAAUUCCAGCUGAGCACAGAGCACCCAAUCAGGUGAAGCGUCCUAACAGAGAAAUUAAACCUGUGAAAAAAGAGUCUCCUGUUGUGCAACAUCGAGGGCCUGUUGGCCGUGCUCAGCCAAUAGCUAAAGGAGACAAGCUAGGAAUCAAGGACAGCAAAGAUGCAAGAACUAAAGCCAAAGAUGAUAAGGGAAAAAAGAAUCCACAGGAUGCUGGAGGUGAUGGUGACCUUCGUAAAUUUGAUGGUACUGGAUAUGACAAAGAUUUGGUGGAAGCACUCGAAAGGGACAUUGUUUCCAGGAAUCCAAAUGUUCACUGGGAUGACAUAGCAGAUCUUGAGGAUGCAAAGAAGUUGCUGAAUGAGGCAGUGGUGUUGCCAAUGUGGAUGCCAGACUUCUUCAAGGGAAUUCGUAGACCGUGGAAGGGUGUGUUGAUGGUUGGACCUCCAGGUACAGGCAAGACAAUGUUAGCUAAAGCAGUUGCCACUGAAUGUGGAACAACUUUCUUCAAUGUAUCAUCUUCUACACUUACAUCCAAGUACAGAGGAGAGUCUGAGAAGCUGGUUAGACUUCUGUUUGAGAUGGCUAGAUUUUAUGCCCCCACUACAAUUUUCAUUGAUGAAAUUGACUCCAUUUGUAGUCGCAGAGGGACUUCUGAUGAACAUGAAGCCAGCCGCAGAGUGAAAUCUGAGCUUCUUGUGCAGAUGGAUGGUGUUGGUGGUGCUAUGGAAAAUGAUGAUCCUUCAAAAAUGGUAAUGGUGCUGGCAGCAACAAAUUUUCCAUGGGAUAUCGAUGAAGCCCUAAGGAGAAGACUCGAAAAACGUAUAUACAUCCCUUUGCCAACAGCACAAGGUAGAGCAGAUUUGCUGAAGAUAAACCUGAGAGAGGUUGAAGUGGCUCCAGAUGUUGAUCUUGCUGUGAUUGCUGAAAAAAUUCAAGGCUAUUCAGGUGCUGAUAUUACUAAUGUUUGUCGUGAUGCCUCUAUGAUGGCAAUGCGACGGCGCAUACAAGGCCUGACUCCAGAGGAGAUUCGGGCAUUGUCAAAGGAUGAAUUGCAGAUGCCUGUAACAGUAGAAGACUUCGAAUUAGCACUGAAGAAAAUAUCAAAAUCAGUUUCUGCAGCUGACCUAGAGAAGUAUAAAGCUUGGAUGGAUGAGUUUGGCUCUGUGUAAUUUGUACAGUAAAAUGACAAUAAUUGUUGAUAUUAAAGGUACACCUUUUCACUACAGUCAUUGCUUAUUUGAGUUAAGUAAAGUCAAACAGACCUGCAGAAGUUAAACCUUAGGGUAGCUAUAGAAUGUACAGUAUGAAAGGGACUCAUUUAACUAACACAUUGUACUUGUGCAGUACAAAAUAGUUUAACAUAUCUUGAUAAUCUUACUGAAAUACUUUUAUACAUUAUAUUCAAAUUAACUUAAAAUUUAAUGAUUAAUUAUAAUAUGUUUUAUAGCAUCUGACAAUUUUUAAGAUAGGGAUAUAAGUAUAAUUAAUGGGUGCAAAAGAAAAAUGUAGGUGGGUGGCAGGAGGACACAGUGAAUAGUACUGAAGUCUCAAGACACUUAGAUUCUAGUUUGAUUCAUUAGUGGAGUGUCAUAAGUGUGGAGUUUCCUCUCCCAGUCCAGUGACACAGUUAUGUGCACUUGUGAAUCAAAAUUAGCAUGUAAAAGAGACUCUGACCUGCGGUGGAUUCACUUUCUGUCCAGGGAUGGUUCCUGCUCUUAUUAGUGCCCAAUACUAAUAAGCUUCAAUUUAGUCAUAAAUAAACAAGAUUUAGCAAAUGGAUGAACAGAGGAAUGGAGUAACACUACCAGAGGUCAAUUAACAUGUUAUGUUAGAAUAGAUGUUUGACCCCAUUAAAAAUUGAAAUGACAGAUCAAGUUCAUGAUUAAUCACCCCUUUAUUCUUAUUUCAUUUAAACAAAUAAACCUACCCUAAAGUUUUGCAGCAUUCCUCUUCCAUCCCCAGUCAAUGUCUCUGAGACAGUCUUAUGGAUUUAGAAAACAUCAAUACAAUUUCUGCUGAAAGUAUGUCUAUCUCCUAAACAUCAUUCAUAUAUCCUGAUCUCAAGUUUUCUUGUAGCUAAUUUAAGUUGAAUAUUUCUGCGGCUUUUAUCUCUUUUUGAUAGUGAUAAUGUUUGUGUACCUUUUUAUUAAAAUAAUCUGUCAGGCAGGAAGCAUGGCACAGUGUUUAAGCCUUUGGACUUCAAACCCUGAUGAUGUGGACUCAAAUCCCACUACUACCAUGGGCAAAUCACUUUACCUGCCUUUCCUUCAACUGGAAAAAUACAAAACAAAUGUAGAGAAUUGUAUUUCUCAAAUAUUGUCUUGGAUAAAGGCGUCAGUCAAAAAAUAACAAUGUAAUUACUGUACUUAUGUUUUCCAUUACCAGACUAUAUCCCUGGACAAUCAGGCACAAAUCUGGGAAUUGGCCACAAAUAUGACCGAGGUCGGAGGCAGGGGAUACUCCGGCACAUUCAUUGUUAAUGUCAGGCAAUUUUAGGGGCACCAGUUAGCCUCACAUAUGUGUGUUUUAGAUACUGCAUAGGUGGAAACUGGAGUACCUGGGAAAAUGUAUGUGGGCAUAGAGCAGUGUUCUCCAACUCCAACUGGAGGGAUGCAGUGGCUGCAGAUUUUCAUUAUAACUCUUUUCUUAAUUGGUGACCAGUUUUUUCUGCUAAUUAACUUCUUUUCCAUUCAUUUUAAUUGACUUGUUCCUUUGAAUUUCUUCAUCGAUCUGAAUCGCUUCGUGUCUUCCCUUAAAUGGCAUCCAAACAGAAAUGAAACAUGAAGUGAGUGACCCAACAAAAGAUCAUCAAAGUCAGGGCCUCAAACUCCAACCAAUUUCACUUCAACCAGUUGCUUAAUUAGGAGCCGAUUCUUGUUGUUAAUUAAACCUGUUCUUUAAUUCCAUGGCUUGUUGCUGCUCUCAUUGUGCAAUAGCAUAGAAUUCCAAAAUUGUUGAUUUUCUCUUUUCUAAGAACACUGUUAAAAUGUUUUGUGGACCUGAGCAGAUCAACAUUCCUUCUUCUUUAUUUAUUUUCAGAUAUUGUAUAAUGGACACAGUUUGCUGGUCAUGUGUUGGCUGAUUUUGUAUCUCAUUGUUGUUUGGCUUCUCAUUAAUGAAAAAUAAAAAUAAAAGGGUCUGAGCAAGUCAAUUAAAAUUAAUACAAAAGAAGCUAACUAGUAGCAAAAACAGGUCACUAAUUAAGAAAAGGGUUAGAAUGAAAACCUGCAGCCACUGUGGCCCUCCAGGACCAGAAUUGGGGACUCCUAGAAUAGAGAGAUUAAGCAAACUCCACAGAGAAAGAGACUAGAAAGUCAAGCCAAGGUCCACAGAGUUGCAAGGCAAGUACAAUAAGCACUGAGCCAUAGCGACACUCCCACAUUCUCAACACUACUUUUCGAGUUUGUAUCACUUACAAUGGCUUGCAGUGCUUAUUUUAAGGAAGUGAGUUUGAUUCUGAUUUGUAGUUAAAUGGCUUUUAGUGAAAACUGUGUUUUAGACUUGAAUUUUUUAAAAGCUAUGUUUAUUUAAUAUAUAUUUAAUCUUGAUAGGUAGUAUAUACUCAAUAGCUUUAGGAAAAUGAAGGUUUACUAUUUGUUUUCACCUAAAAUCCUCUCCCACUAUCUUUUUACAGUGUUCAUAAUGUGUUUACAUUCCCUCACCAGUGUGAGUCUCCAGUGUGUCAUUUCCAGAUUUAAUUAACACAACAGAAUGGAUUUUUGUUAGCCUUAUAACCUUUGAUUAUUUUGAUAGCAGAUAUAUUUUCUCUACAUUACAAAAGUUAAAAGUGCUAACUAAACAUACCUAAUUUAAAAUGCACUCUUAUCAUAUUAUUUUAAAUUGAAUUCUCCAAAAUGGAAUCUAUUGAGAAAACUGAAUCUAAGUUUAUUAUUAAAAACUGUGAAUUGUAAAUAAGUAUGGGAUUUCAGAUAACUCCAUUAUAAUGAAAUACAAACCAUGGACGGUUCGAUCCAGUUGGGUCUAGUCAGUUUAUACCCUUUGAAAUAGCAAGAAAAAUGGUUCAAUUGCUGAAAGAAUAAAAGAAUUUUGAACAACUGUCAUGUAAAACUGACUGUGGCUACAAUACACCAACAUGGUGAUGGUACUUUAUAUGUGUGCUGGUAUACUUUUAUAGAAGCAAAAAAGCUUUGUUCUUACUUGAAAAAUCAUCUGUUGGAUUUACUGAAUCUUACUGUGAUCUCACAAAAAUGUUUAGUGUCAAUACUUUAAAAAGUUAAAGUAUGUACCUCAAUGCUGAUUCUCAUAUUCUUUUCUCACUUUAGUACACUAACAGUACAUUAAUGUUGAAUAUGUUAAAAGUGUUUUGUCAUACUGAUUACAAGACACUUCAAUAUAAUUUAUUUUUAUAAUUUGUGUGUUCUAUGAACUUAACAUGGAAGAUACAUGUGAGAACUUUUUACUUCUCUUUCCAUGUAAGUCCAGAAUUUCAGUUUAUAUUUUCCUUUAUCUGGACCUUUUGUAUUCUGGUCACCAGAUUGUCAAUCUGCCAGGAUGGUUGAUUAAUUAAGUAGUUAUUUAAAAAAAAGUCUUUUUAACCAUUUCACGUUUUUUUAAUUGCAUAGUAUGUACUUAUUUUGAUGCUACUUUAAACAAUAUUUCCCAAAUGAAGAACAAGAAAUGUGGAAGAGUUCACUUAGGGAAUCAUAUCUCCAUUGACCUGUUUGUAUGUAUUGAAGUCAUUCAUAUGAAAGUGUUUAACUGUGGCAAUUAACCACUUUAAAUUAUUAACAUAUUUUAUUAUUUUAUUGUGAUCAAAGGUACAGUAUAUGUCAUACGUGCCAGUCAAGAGAUAAACCAGCCUCUCCUAAAUGAAGUGUUUGAAUGUCACUUUUAAUAGAAUGCACUUUAAUAUUUUUAUAUCAGCCUAUUCAUAUUUUUGCAUUCCAAGGUUAUGGGAGCUGCAGUCUAUUCCAGUAGCGUAUUUUGAGCAUUUCUGUUGCCUGACAUGGCAGAAUACUUUUUGAAUUGUGUAUUGUGAUUGUUGCUGCUAUUUCUGUUAAUGUUCCUUUUGCUUUUAAAUGGUCUCAGCAAAACAAAGGUUUAUGUGACGUUUAAGUGUAUUGACAAUAAAAGUCAACAAUCUGGA